AUGGCUGAUAUUAAUAACAUUGCUCGUAAUUCAACAACUAUCGAUUCGGUUUUAAUAUCACAAGAGUAUACAACUGAAAAAAUCACGAACUUAUUGAGAACAAAAAACAGUGAUUAUCGUGUUAUUGAUAAUGAAUCUGGUUUAUCUCAGGUAUGGACUUCAUUUGGUUUACCUGCAAAAACGAAUGAAUUAGGACAUGUGCACAUUAUAUAUGGUUUUGCAUCUUGUAAAGAAUGUAAAUUAACUUAUUCAUAUGAAUCUUCCAAAAUUGGAACGACACCCUUGCAACGACAUAUAUGUGCAAAUAAGAAAACAAGUUUGAUUUCGACGACAAGGCCCACAAAAAAACAACGCUCAUCGUCUUGUUCUUCAUCAUCUGCUUCAACAAUUAUUAAAAUAAACGAUACAGAUACAUUAUUUAAUUUUGGAAUUCAAAAGCAAAUCACCGGCACAACUAAAGAAAUUGAUACUUUGAAAACAUUAAUGGUGCAAUGGAUUUGUGGUUCAUUACGACCAGUAUCAAUUGUCGAAGAUCAAGGUUUUAUUAAACUGCUACAAUUUGCUGUUAAUUUAGGUUCAAAAUACAAUUCAUUCGAUAUAAAUUGUUUAUUAAGAAAACGUUCGGUUAUAACAAAUGAAAUUACUACAGUUGCACGACAACAUCGUGAAGCAUUAAAAGAACAAUUGACCGAACCUUAUUUAAAUCGUUCGUUAACGUUGAAAAAAAAGAAUAAAAAAGAAGCAAACGUACAACAUCAACAAGUCGUAGUCAAUAUUGAUGGCGAUGAUGAAGAAAAUGAAUUAAAUGAUGAAUCAAGUGAUAAUGCAGAUGAUGAUGAAUAUGCAUUUGAAAGUCCAGGAUUAAGUUACUUUCGUCAACGUUUAUUGUAUUUGUUGGAAAACAUGUUCGAUCUGGAUGACCGGCAUUACGCUGCUAUUUUUUUACAUCCUCGAUAUUAUAGUGCCAUGGAAUAUUGGACAAAAGAAGAAAAAAGUGCUACUAACAAAUUCAUCAAGAAACAAUUACAGAUGAUCAAAGAUGAGACAAAUGAAUAUUCGUCAAGUGCAACGGAAUCACGUGACAAAAAGCAAAAUUAUGGUUCAGAAGAAGAAGAUAAUCAGUAUGAUGAAUUGUUGAAUUAUCAUACAUUAAUGUUGAAAGAAAAAGGUCCAAAACAAGAUGAAAAUCCAUUGUUAUGGUGGAAAUCAAAUGAAACAAUAUUUCCAAUGUUAUCAUUGCUAGCUAGACGAAUAUUUAGUAUAUCGGUCACAUCGGCUAGUGUCGAAAGACAGUUUUCUCAAGCUGGUCUUGUCUAUUGUGAUCGAAGAUCACGUACAAAACCAAGUUUAUUGAAUGACAUGUUAUUAGUUCGUUCAAUGUACAAAAUGGGAAUAAAUGAUGUGUAA